AUGGGAAAGGAAAGUCCGCAGUUUGCUCAUGCGGCGCGCGGCGGUGCUGUAUGGUGGACCAGCCCUGGAUCCACGCACGAGCAAAGCCUACCAGCAUGUUUCGCGCUUUCUCGUCUUCUCCGCCAUGGCGCCCUAUUUCAGUUUAUCCUUGAGCUGAUAGAGGAAGCUUGUCCGUCCAUCACCGCCGGAUUACCGCUCUUUGAUCCUCCCCCCUGA